CCACGUGACCUCGUCGCUUGUGUGAAAACACAAAAUGGCCGUUUCGUGUGUGUCAACUGCUCCUGUGGUAAUGGCAUUUCUUCUCUUUUUAUCUGCUAUACUGUCGACAGGGAGCUGCGGCGGCCAGGUGCCACUUGUACUGUGGUCCAGCGAAGGGCAUCCUGUUCCCCGGCAGACUUCGCCUCCAGCGGGACAUGUCGUGUCGGCAGCGGAACUGGACUCCUACCUCAGCUCGGUCCUGGCCGCCGCACCACGGAACACGCUACUCUUCCUCCAGGACGAGUUGAGCGUGGAUGACUUCACCGUUUUCGGAGGUGUUUUUGGGAACAAGGAGGACAGCGUGUUCCCUCACCUGGAGUCUGCACUGAAGGCGUCCUCGUCCCCCCUGGUGCUGCCGGCUCUGUCCUGGGGGGGGUCCAGCGCUGUCCUGCCCCUGCUGCAGCAGCACCUCGGCACCCCCCCUCUCUACCUGGACCCCCCCAGCCUGACCCAGCUGCGCCUCAAUGCCUCCGUCGCCGCCCUGUUGGUCAUUCCCCUGCCCUACAAAGCUGGCUCUGGCCCGGAGUCUUCCAGAGACGCGCUCAGUGGAAACGAUGCAGUGAUUGGUCAAGUUCUGGAGAUCAUGAAGGCCCAGGCUGUACCAUACACCGCCAUCUACACGGCGUUCAAACCUUCACGGCAGGUGGCAGAGGACCUGUCCGAGGGCGUGCAGUCGGUUGGCCGCUCCCUGCUGCAGGCCCCCGCGGGAACUCUGGCUCCUCUACAGUACUCUGUGAAUGGGACGGCCUGCAUCCUGCUGUGGGCGGAGAGCCUGGAAGUCAGCGUGUUUAACAAGACGUGGCAGACCUACGAUCUGGCACCAGAGACCUUCAGCACCAGCCUCAACGUCACCAACCCCAACGUCACGCUCGCCAACUCAACCUGCGGUGCCACACAGGCGGAGUCCCGGCUCGUCCUCAAUUACGCGAACGUUCUGGGCUUCCGGAAAUUCAGCCUGACUUUCACCAUGAGCCGGCGCUUUUACCCGGUGUCCGCGCGCGAGUGGUUCACGCUGGACGCAGUGGAGCUGGAGUACGACGGGCAGACGGCGUUCUUCAACGGCAGCCGCGACCUCAACGCCCCCGCGGAGUACUCCUACCACUGCGCGUCCGUCACCAGCUUCAGCCAUGCGCUGCUGGUGCCCUUCGACCCCACGGAGAGCGGCCAAUGGCGGUUGAGUUUCACUGACUUCCAGAUCCAGGGCUUCAGCGUAGCGGGCCCCAGGUUCAGCUACGCCAGCGACUGCGCCAGCUUCUUCACGCCGGGCAUCUGGAUGGGCCUGCUCGUAACCCUGCUCAUGCUGCUGAUCCUGACCUACGGCCUGCACAUGAUCACGCAGCUCCGGACCAUGGACCGCUUCGACGACCCCAAAGGGCCCGCCAUCUCCGUGCCCCUGAAUGAGUGACCUCCCCCACCCCCCCACAUCCCCAACCCCCCCAUGCUGCUCCCCCCCGCCCCCAACACUUAGCUCACUGGAACCUGCUACAUUCCACCGAACUUCCCUUUCUGUGUCUCUCAUUUUCAAACAGCAUGUGUGUUCCAUUAUCCCCUUGUGUUUAAAAAAAAAAAAAAAAAAAAAAAUUUAUAAUCAUUAUACAGCAACCGGUACAUUCCACGCUUCUGCAAAGUUUAUGGCCUUUUUUGCGAGAGGGAGUGGACUCCCAAACACUGCAGCAUGGCAGAUCCAAAGCUUAUUGGCUCCUGAGGAAAAGCCAGAGCUGAUUGGCAUCUGAGGAAAAGCCAGAGUUGAUUGGCUCCUGAUGCAAAGGGCAGCCAUUCACUCCCAGGGUGGUCGUGAUGGGGGAAACGAGGCUUCACAAACAUCACAACAGGUUGAGCUGACCUACAUACAUCAUCGGCUCAUUGAUUUAACCAAUCAUAGUGCUCCACUGUCUUUUGAUUGGCAGCACAUAGUAGUGCCGUUCACUCUGCACUGCUGUUUUAUUCCCCGCCUCUCCACAAGGGGCAGCGUUCUCUCCUACAUCGCAUGUCCUUCCUUACACACCUGUAUUCUUUAAACCAGGGCUGCCCAACCCAGUUCCUGGAGAUCUACCAUCCUGUAGGUUUUCACUUCAACCCUAAUAUGGCACACCUGAUUCUAACUAAUUAGCAGCUUGACGAGAUCUCUAGCUGUUGAAUCGGGUGUGCUCUGCUGGGGUUGGAGUGAAAACCUACACGACAGUAGAUCUCCAGGAACAGGGUUGGUUACCACUGCCUUAAACUUUACUAAUGGAAAGUGUGUCUGCGUGCGCGUGCCUUUGCAAGGGUUCCCCCCCCCCCCCCAAUAUCGGGAAACCCAGCUGAAUGCCAUACGAGCUUUGACCUCCUCACCCCCCCAAGCCAAAGCAGUUUCCAAAUCUGAUGGGCGCGUGAGAAUUGGAGCCUGUACAGUGUGCUGGUGUGAGAGCUGCGGUGCUCAGAGAUCGUUCUGUAUAUAUGAGGACAGAAGCACUCGUUUAAAAUAGUAUUUAUUAGCCUCCUUCCUCUGGGCUGGUCUGACGCGUGCGCACGAAAAACAUACGUCUCCCCAAACUCAGAAUGCCAUUGAAUCAGGUUGUAUUUUUUUGUGCGGUGUUCAUAAUGCCAACGACUUAUGCCGGGUUUACACUGUCGUUUGAAAGAUAACUGAGGAAAUCUGUCUCAGUCCCAGGCGCAUUAAGGUGAGCGUAUUUCUCAAGGCUGUUCGUAGAGCUGCUCUCUCUCUCUUUGGGGAAUCAUAACCGAUUCCACGUCGGCACAGUCUAGUAUGUUUUACCACAGGGCCUUUAACUCCUCUCAUUAAUGAUGGGAAAAACAUGACUCUGAAGAUAACUAUAGAUAAAAACCCUUGAGUCAAAAGUUGUAAUUGCUUUUGUGUUCAAAUGAAAUUAAGACAUUCUAUCGCAGAAAAAGGAAGAUUUAAAUUAUUGAGAUUUUUAAAAUGCUGUUUAAACUUGUUUUGUGUUGCUUGUGUCAAGACAUGCUGGGACUGUUGAUAAUUGAAAUAAUGUUGCGAGUUAAAAUAAAAUAUGUCCAUGAAACACAAA